CACACAGUCAUCGACGCACACCAGGUUCAUUUACUGGGUAUCUAACCUUCCAGGGUGGAUGGCUGAUGCUGUGAAGCAGGAGAUUUUUAUCUCUGCAGAAACACUUUUGGGAAUGUCGCCUGGACAUAGUUUGGUGCUGCCAGUCAUCGGUGUAAAUGUGGCCCUCUUUGCGCUUUGGCGGUGCCCGCGAGCAAUUCCAAUCCUGGGAAGGCGCUUUGCACGAUCCUCCUUCCCGCCGUUUGUACACCCUUUUACGAACGUCUUUAGCCACAAGAGCUUUAGUGAACUCCUCGUCGAUAGCGCCAUGCCCAUCUAUCUGGCUGCCCCGUUAGCUCAGCCAAUGGACACACUUAAGGCAGCCGCCAUGUAUCUCACUUCAGGUGUUGGCGCAAGUCUUGCGCAGCAUCUGCUGGCGCGCCUUCGUCCGGGUUCCCUUCCUCAUUCCUUGGUAUAUUCUGUCCACCCGUUGCGUACUAUAGGUAUAUGCAUGCCCUCCUUAACGACGGCCAUGGCACUGAUGGAGAUCAUGUGAUGCUAGUCUCCGUGCUCGCUGCCCUGGCCUAUGGACCAGCGAUUACAAGCGCAUCAGAUCUCAUGCCGGGUUGCCGUCUUAUAACGGCUGCAGCUCAUUUAGGCAGAAUGGCCUGUGAUGU